AUGGCGUCAGAUCCUCAUCAUGGCAUAAAGCGGCGGCGGGCAGACGGAAACUCGGUAGCAUUCGGGUCAGUUUCCGUUACAUACCAAUGUUUUGCCUCAGGAGAUGAGAGUCAAAGGACCAGGAAGAAGCCAUUAGUGUUUUUCAAUGAUUUUUCUGUUGAAGCAUAUCCGCAGGUCAUCUCUGAAAGGCUUGCUUGCGAAUUCGAGGGUUCUCAGAUGCCUAAGUUUGAGGACCAAAUCAUCUGUUUUGGAAUGCUCACAUCAUUGAACGCACAAUGGAUGACCGACAUUGAGCGGACCCGAGUAACGAAGGUUCAUCUAAUCCUAGACAAUGAAUGGCAACUGGUGUCUUCAACACACCCAGAUUUCCGCGCAGCUUUGGAUCCACGCGGUCGUGAGUGGCUCGAGUUAUUUCACCGCGAAGGCAUCAGCAUCGACAUUCUCGGGCUACCACCUGGGCAAGAGGUUGUCGACGAUGAUAGCAUACAACUUUGGAUAACAUUAUACGGACCACGGGAAAUAGCCCAGGUAGUCGGGAGUACGCUGCAAGAAGCCGAGCUUUACCUACAGGAUCCAGCUUUCUCUCUAACAGAUGUCGAAUACUUCAAUCCGCAACGCUUUACUAAUGCGGAGGGAAGUCGAACUGCCGACUUUCGAACUGUUCUUUCAAACGAGGACGAAGUCUCAGCUGGCAUGGAUGAGACGCUGGUGGCCAUAGACGUGUUAAAGAGCGUCACUUCAACAACUGUGCGACAUGAGACGAGCGGUUCAUAUUACCUUCAGACAGAGCUGCAAAGUCACCAGAAGCAAGGCUUGACGUUUAUGCUUGAACGAGAAUGUGGUUGGCGGCUACAUGAACCUAAUGGGGAUGUGUGGUCUCAACACGUCGACGAGUUUGGGAGAACAACUUACAUCAAUAAUGUCAACUCGUCGUUUCGUUGCACACCCCCUGCUCCUUUCAAAGGCGGAAUUCUUGCCGAUUUCAUGGGUCUCGGCAAGACACUCAGUAUGAUAUCACUUAUUGCCCAUGAUAAGCUCUGGGAGAGUGGAUCACAGUCCUCGAUACAAGAACCGAACCCGCUAGGUUCUGGUGGUACACUUAUUGUAGUGCCUCUCUCACUUCUCGAUAACUGGGAAAAGGAAUUGAGCAAACACCUUCGUGGGGAUCACUUCAACUGGCGUCGUCAUCACGCGAAAACCCAAAUGCAAGAUGUGUGCCACCUCAGCACAAGUGACAUUGUCCUCACGACGUACACGACACUUGCAAAGGAGUGGAAAAUUCAUGUGCAAACCAACACGAGUCCAAUUUUCUCACAUGAAUGGCAUCGAAUCAUUUUGGAUGAAGGACAUGAGAUCAAGGACCUCAGGACAGCAAAAGCUCAAGCCAUCUGUGAGCUGAGAGGUGACUGCAAGUGGGUGGUCACCGGAACACCAAUUCAGAACCGACUUUCUGAGCUCCACAGCCUAUUUCAUUUUCUUGGGUUGCAUCCGUAUGAUGACAAGAAAGCCUUUGACAGGGACAUAACAAACCCCUGGCUUCGCGGGGAAGAGACUGGACCAGAGGCGUUGAAGAAAAUUCUCAGCUACGUGAUGUUGAGACGUUCGCAAGACACGAUAACCUUACCAGAACGACGAGAUCACCGGCGGCAUCUUCAUCUCAGCCCUCAGGAGCAACGUAUGUAUGACGCCGUCAAAAUCAAAACCAUUGAGUUUAUCGACAACGCACUAGCAUCUCCUGGAGGUAAAGAUAGUUACAGUAAUGCGUUGGAGAAAAUCAAUGCUCUGAGGCUUGUCUGCGAGCUGGGAUGCUUCCAAAGGCUCAACCUUCAACGGAAGCCUGCCUCUUAUGCGGGGCUCCUGCCAGGAACACCAGAUCGACAAUCAAUUCCACUUACACCCGGAAGAGAAAUAGAGGAGGACGGAGAUGUCCAUAAUGGAACCGUUGCCGUAGCGAUCGACAAUUUCUGUCCGCCUUUACCUAUGCUUGGGUCUGACUUGACCCAAGAACCAAGCGGCAUGCUCUGUGGUUCCACGCCGACAGAUGAAUGGCCGACCAAGAUCAAAGCUCUUCUAACGGGGCCCAGUAUUGUAUUUUCGUACCGAACAUCUAUCCUUGAUGUCGCCGAACUAGCUCUCAACGACACCGGAAUCUGCUGCGCCAAGAUAGAUGGCAAGAAAAGCUCAAGCAAGAGAAGUCGUAUCAUUGACGAAUUCUCAAAGGCGGACGGGCCGUCCAUACUUUUGUUGUCCUUAGGUUGCGGCGCUGUCGGGUUGACGCUCACUGCUGCUUCGAGAGCCUAUCUGCUUGAACCACAAUGGAACCCGUCUAUUGAGGAGCAGGCACUGGCGAGGAUACACAGAAUAGGGCAGACUCAAGAGAUCACAACCAUUCGAUUUGUGAUAAGCAAUUCGAUAGAGCAGUAUGUCUUGGAUAUCCAGAACGGGAAGCGUGAUCUCAUGAGUCUCCUGAGCUCAAAGCCUGCGACAAGUCAACAAUUGACAGCCAAAUUACAGCAAUUGCGUCAGCUUCUUAGAUAG